GCUUUUGUUAUGGACUCGGACACAGUAGUCUCUGAUCAGGUGACCUUGUGUGACCCCUAUAGUUCAAGCAACACGAACCAACAGCAUCAAAAUAACCAUGUCUCAUUUGAUCUCAACAACUACAAGAGCAAUAAUAAUGGCUUGUUGUCUUCUCCGUCCUCGGUUCUAGUGGACAGUAAUGCCAGUGCCACACUCACUCCCUCCUCCUCUGUCGGGGCUGCUAUGCCGGAAACUGAGGAUGAUACUGGGGGACACCAGUUUGUGGUGGUGGAGAGAAAGAAGCCCGAAUUUAGAGAACCAGAACCAGAGGAUAGCACGAGGGUUGAUGAUUCAUUUUGGGAGGAUAUGAACCAGUUGCUGCAGUGUCACGGCAUACAGAAGCUAAACCCAACAGAUAUGUUGUGCCUGAAUAGAAGCAGUGCCUUCACAGUGAAGAGUGUGAUGACUCAGCUGGUGAAGGACAAUGACAGGAGACAGGCCAUCAUCCAGGACCUCCUCAAAAACAACAACACACUCAAGGAUGAGGUGUCACAGCAGAGGGAGUUGAGCGUCCGGAGUGGGAAAACUAUUAGAGACAUGGAGAGUGUCAUCACAAGGCAGAAAAACAAACUCAGGGACGUGGAGGAGUCGCGAGUGGGAGACAUGCAGGGACUGAGUGACAAGCUGUACAGUUUGAGGGAGGAGCACCACGAACUCCGGAACAGGUGCUCUAAGCUGGACAACAUGAACAAACAUCUCAGACUGGAAGUGGACAGGGCACACAGGCAGAUAGCACUAGGACUCAAAAAGGAGGAGAAGCGUAGAAGGGACAAUGAGCAGGUGUUCAAUCAGGUCAGGGCACAGUUGGCAACGGGAGAGAGGAUAUCCGAUAAAAAAAUUUUGGCCAUGAUUGACCAUUACGAAGGAGCCAUAGAACAGUUGAGGAGCAAAGUGGCAUCCAUGGUAGAGAGACAGAAACAGCAGAAGCAAAAAAAUCUGUCGAUGAUGACCACAACAGACAUAGAUGAGACCACUCUUGUGGACACCACAGGGGAAGAGGAAGAAGACUAUUCAGUCCAUGACAGCUCUGCUGACAAAACAAGAAACACACUACACGAGUACUCUACACUGUCUCUGCAAAGUGCCGCCAGUAGCAGUAGAAGAACGAGAGAGCAGGAUGAAGACAAUCCAAAGGAGGCGGUUCACUACUACAGGCACUUGUGUGAGUCUCUGGAGAAGGACGUGUCUCAUUUGAAGAGGAAACUAAAAGAGAGUGAGAAGGAGAAGACUCUGAUGAAGAUAGAGCACGACACCAGGUAUACUACAACCGAGUUGCAAUACGCUGAAAAACGCGUGAAAACAUUGGAGGCUCUUCUGCGCGAGAACAACAUUAAGACGUCAUAUGUGAAUGGCAAAGUGGAUUCCAAGUCAGGUGGUCGGGGUGGGAGAAAGGGAGAAGGUAGUUCGAAUGAGCCCACUGGAGUAGAUGAGAUCCGAUAUUUGAACAUCGAGACCACUCGAAAGUACCUCAAGAUGUUCUGUGAUCACAUGGGUGUGGAUGAUCUAAAUGAGGUGAUUCCUGCUCUAAGACAGAUGGGCGAGAAGAAUGCCAACCACCUUAAAAUGAAAAAGUUCAUCCAGGAGGUGACUGAAAUCACGAGUGACACCUCACUCCCCUCCACCCUCACGCAGGGCAACAAGAGGGAGGCACAGGCGAGGAGGACAUACAACACAGUCACCCACACUCUCAGACUGUGGGUACAGGAACUCAAGGCCAUACAGACCCUGUACCAGUCAGUGACUCAUCUGGUGUCUACUGUGAUGCCGACUGAAAAGAUUCUGCCACUCUCUGCUGAUUUGUCCGUCUCAGACCUCAUCAAUUACGUAGACUCCAUCACGCAGCAAAACAACAAACAACUCCAGCUGGAUUCGCUUGAUCCGACAGGCACAGUGGAUGUGAAGACACUGCGUGACAUGGUGAAGCACUUCCAGCAGCUGUUCGACUGUCCCCACCUACAGGGCGUGUAUCCCAGAAUGAACGAUGUGUUCUCCAAGUUAGAGGAGAGUCGGAACACCAUCAACACUUUCAAGGACCUCCUUGGACUGGACCAGAGUUCUACCACCACGCGUACUCUGAUUGGUGCAUUUGAGGCAGUUUGCAGGGAGUUCAACAACAGGACUUACGAACAACUCAAGACUCUCAUCUCCUCCGACGACCUUCUCAAUAUAACUGAGAAGGUGCGCAUCCACGACGAGUUCUUUCCGGAGUUCGAGUGCAUGGCAGAAGAGGUGAUGCAUGCGUUAGGAGUGGACAGAUUAGACCGUGUAGUGCCGGCAGUGAGGAUUCUCAAACUCGUCUCCUCAUCAAACAGAUCUCACUGAACACUUCAGAACGGAACAGAGACUGUCUUGGCAUCACUGGGCAGCAGUGGACUGAACUGGAUUAAAUCCAGAACAACUAGAUUCAAGAAUAAAAAACGAAACUAAUUAAACUCUAUCUUUUUUCUUUGUAAAAAGGGAGUGUCAACUUGAAAGAUUAAAAAAAGGCUGUCAUACGUAUUAUUUUGGGGUUGACCUUCCCUGUUUCUAUUUCUAAACAUAGUGUUGUAGCGUUUAAAGUUUCAAUUUUGUCUUUGAUUGCACAGUCUGUUGUAAAUGUUUGUGAAUACUUGUACAAAAUUGUAAGUUUCAGGUUAAUUCAAGGUUUUCUGAAUGGAAUAA